AUGGAAAAAUAUUAUGGUGAUACACUUGGUAAAGUUAAAGAAAAUAAGAUGAAAAUCACAAACAACACCACAAAUAUUAAGCAACACAAAUGCCUACAAAAAAUAAGCGAAAUUGUGGAUAAAACUCAAUUAAAAAAAAAACAAUUCAAAUACGUCAUAAACAUCAAUCACGAACCAGACGAUAAAAUAAAAAAAGAUUUAGAAAAAAGUUUGGACAAAAAAGAUGUUUUAAUCAAAAGUAAUAAUACAUUCAAAAUUCUCACAGACAGUAUUAGUACAGUAAUCUAUUUUGUAAAUAUGUUUGAUGCAGAAUUAAAAGGACAAUUUAUAACCACUAUAAGACCAAAAAAUAUGUAUACAGAUUUUGAUUGGUAUAAAUCACUCACAGAAAUAGAAUGGGUAAUAGAAAAUGAAGGAUGUAAACUAAUUAAAUUAGAAAUUAAAGGCGAAACUCUAAUUAUCAAAACAGUGAAAAGAGUCGUAGAAGAAUUUGACACUAUCAUUGAACUAGACAAUCUAACAUUAAUUGGACACUCCAACAAAGGAUGGAGAGAUCAAACCUCAUUACCAGAAAAUCAAGAAGAAAUCA